AUGGGAGCUUGCUGCGUAACCAAAAAACACAUUAAUAUCGAAAAAUUUAUCUCCAACAAACUAAUUGAAGCCAUCGAAAAAAACUCUGCUGAAAGAAUUCGUCUAAUUCUCGAACGAUAUUCAAAAACCAACAUCUACUAUAAAGACCCUACAAUACUGAUUGACGACCCACUCAUCAAAAUCCACCAAGUUGAUAUGAACCCUUUAGGCUAUGCUCUUUACUUACUCCCCCCCCCCCCUCCGUGAGCGAACAAAACCAUUAGAAAAAUCGCCAUUUUUUGACCAAAAACCCCACCCUCCGUGAGUGAACAAAAAUUUUUUUUAAUAGAAAAAAUUUUAAUGGGAAAAAAAUUUUGAUAUAUAAGUGAUAAUUAGUAUAAUGAAAUCUAGAGCUAAUUCUGUUUAAUUUUAAACAAAUUGCGUUUUAAAACAUAAAUUUUGCAAAUUAAAUUAAUAUUUGCUUCCCAAUUUUUGCAAAUUAGGAUUUUUUUAAAUUUCGAAAAAAAAUAUUUUUUAUAAAAUUUAUAUAUAAAAAUUUUUUUUAAAAAAAAAAAUUAAACCCCCCUCCGUGAGCGAACAAAAUUUUUUUUGUUCGCUCACGGAGGGGGGGGGGGGAGUUAGGAGCGACCUCUGCAUUUAAAACUUUAUAUGAAGAAGGGCACGCCAAGCUGUCAGUAAUGACGAAAUAUUUCCUGCAAUUAGGAAAACGCCCAAUUGAAGUUUUAUGCGAGCUUGGCCAUUUAAGCUUGCUAGAAUAUUAUUUGCCAUUAUAUUUAGAAAAUAAAGAUCAGGUUGAAAAUUCAGAUGACGAGCCAGUUAGUGAAGAGCUUUCAAUAUUCGCGAAGUCAAGAAAUACAAAAUCUCAUACACAGGAGAAAAGUAAAUUGGCGGCGCCGAUAAGUACAAUGACACCUAUACAAAGAGCGGUCGAAAAAGGCAGGCUGGAGCUCAUAAAAUUUUUUAGAGAGUAUUUUAGAGAAAAGCCUAAUAAUGAAUUUAACGUACACUUUAUAGACGAAACAACUGGUGAAAACUGUGCUUUAAUUUCCUGCAAAUCUGGAAACUUAGAAGUUAUCAAAUAUCUAUAUGAAUAUAUGGGAGCUAAUUUCCAAAUUGUAAAUAAACGAAAAGAAAGUGCCCUACAGAUAGCUGCAGUAUGAUCAAAAAAACGAAAAAAUAAAAAUUUUAAAGAGUGUAUAAGAUAUUUAAUAGAAGAAGCAGGGGUUGAUUAUACAUAUGAAUUUGAAGAAACCCUUUUAGUGCUUGAAGACAAGAGCAUAAUUGAAUAUUUAGAAGCUAAACUGCAUCAGGACGGUAUUUCUGUAAGUAAGAGUAGGGUCGAUGAUAAAUAUUGCUUAUCUAAAAAUAGACCUCCUACGAUUAUGGAUCCAAAUAUGGAAGAAAGACUAAAUAAAAUAAAAGGUACUGAGUUUAACUUCACAGAACUUUUUAGAGAAGAGCUUGAAGAUUCUAAGUCUAAUAUCAGCUCGAUUAGUGUAGUGCAAAGCAAAUCUUUUAGUCAAGUAAUUAUGGAUUCUCCUAUUGAGAAGCCUCAAAUGUAG